AUGGGUUCCUUGCUGAGUGCUGUAUAUCAGAUGGGUUCCUUGCUGAGGGCUGUGUAUCAGAUGGGUUCAUUGCUGAGUGAUGGGUUCCUUGCCAAGUGCUGUGUAGCAGACAGGUUCCUUGCCGAGUGCUGUGUAGCAGACGGGUUCCUUGCCGAGUGCUGUGUAGCAGACGGGUUCCUUGCCGAGUGCUCUGUAGCAGACGGGUUCCUUGCCGAGUGCUGUGUAGCAGACGGGUUCCUUGCCGAGUGCUGUGUAGCAGACGGGUUCCUUGCCGAGUGCUGUGUAGCAGACGGGUUCCAUGCCGAGUGCUGUGUAGCAGACAGGUUCCAUGCCGAGUGCUGUGUAGCAGACGGGUUCCUUGCCGAGUGCUGUGUAGCAGACAGGUUCCUUGCCGAGUGCUGUGUAGCAGACGGGUUCCUUGCCGAGUGCUUUGUAGCAGACGGGUUCCUUGCAGAGUGCUGUGUAGCAGAUGGGUUCCUUGCCGAGUGCUGUGUAGCAGACGGGUUCCUUGCCGAGUGCUGUGCAGCAGACGGGUUUCUUGCCGAGUGCUGUGUAUCAGAUGGGUUCCUUGCUGGGUACUGUGUAUCAGAUGGGUUCAUUGCUGGGUACUGUGUAUCAGAUGGGUUCAUUGCUGAGUGA